GUUAAGUCCUGGUUCAGUCCUGGUUCAGUCCUGAUGAUGGCCCUUGGAGCACUGGUCCUGGUCUGGUCUUUGUACUUUUUAAGGCUCCUGGCAGAAGACAACAGCUCAGAGCUCAGGCUGGUGGGAGGAGCCAGUCGCUGUGCUGGGACUGUGGAGGUGAGACUCAGAGGAGAGUGGAGACGGGUGUAUGAGCCUUUUAGACCCUGGGACGUGGAGCACAUAGCUGCUGUGUGCAGAGACCUGGACUGUGGCUCUGCUGUUUAUAGAGAAGAGAGAAACGAUUUUCCGGAGAGUCCAGUGUGGGAGGUCGAUUAUGACUGUGUGAUGAAGUCAGCAGUGAGAGAAUGUGUCGAUGAUUCAUCCUCCUCUUCCUCUUCCUGGGGUCUGGAGGUGAAGUGUUCAGACUCGGUGCGUCUGGUCUCGGGGCCCAGUCUGUGCUCAGGAUCAGUGCAGAUCUGGAACCAGUCCUGGACCUGGGUCUGUGAAGGGGCCUUGGACCAGCAGGGGGCAGAGGUGCUGUGCAGGGAGCUGGGCUGUGGGGCUCCUUCUCUCCUCCAGGGGGCGCUCUCUCCUCUGGGGCAGAGGUUCCACUGUGAGGGCCAUGAGUCUGCUCUGAUGGAAUGUCCCCGCUCCGGCUCAGAGACCUGCUCCUCUGGAGCCGCUGUCAACCUCACCUGCUCAGAGCUCAGGCUGGUGGGAGGAGCCAGUCGCUGUGCUGGGACUGUGGAGGUGAGACUCAGAGGAGAGUGGAGACGGGUGUAUGAGCCUUUUAGACCCUGGGACGUGGAGCACAUAGCUGCUGUGUGCAGAGACCUGGACUGUGGCUCUGCUGUUUAUAGAGAAGAGAGAAACGAUUUUCCGGAGAGUCCAGUGUGGGAGGUCGAUUAUGACUGUGUGAUGAAGUCAGCAGUGAGAGAAUGUGUCGAUGGUUCAUCCUCCUCUUCCUCUUCCUGGGGUCUGGAGGUGAAGUGUUCAGACUCGGUGCGUCUGGUCUCAGGGCCCAGUCUGUGCUCAGGAUCAGUGCAGAUCUGGAACCAGUCCUGGACCUGGGUCUGUGAAGGGGCCUUGGACCAGCAGGGGGCAGAGGUGCUGUGCAGGGAGCUGGGCUGUGGGGCUCCUUCUCUCCUCCAGGGGGCACUCUCUCCUCUGAAGCAGAGGUUCCACUGUGAGGGCCAUGAGUCUGCUCUGAUGGACUGUCCCCGCUCCGGCUCAGAGACCUGCUCCUCUGGAGCCGCUGUCAACCUCACCUGCUCAGAGCUCAGGCUGGUGGGAGGAGCCAGUCGCUGUGCUGGGACUGUGGAGGUGAGACUCAGAGGAGAGUGGAGACGGGUGUAUGAGCCUUUUAGACCCUGGGACGUGGAGCACAUAGCUGCUGUGUGCAGAGACCUGGACUGUGGCUCUGCUGUUUAUAGAGAAGAGAGAAACGAUUUUCCGGAGAGUCCAGUGUGGGAGGUCGAUUAUGACUGUGUGAUGAAGUCAGCAGUGAGAGAAUGUGUCGAUGGUUCAUCCUCCUCUUCCUCUUCCUGGGGUCUGGAGGUGAAGUGUUCAGACUCGGUGCGUCUGGUCUCAGGGCCCAGUCUGUGCUCAGGAUCAGUGCAGAUCUGGAACCAGUCCUGGACCUGGGUCUGUGAAGGGGCCUUGGACCAGCAGGGGGCAGAGGUGCUGUGCAGGGAGCUGGGCUGUGGGGCUCCUUCUCUCCUCCAGGGGGCACUCUCUCCUCUGAAGCAGAGGUUCCACUGUGAGGGCCAUGAGUCUGCUCUGAUGGACUGUCCCCGCUCCGGCUCAGAGACCUGCUCCUCUGGAGCCGCUGUCAACCUCACCUGCUCAGAGCUCAGGCUGGUGGGAGGAGCCAGUCGCUGUGCUGGGACUGUGGAGGUGAGACACAGAGGAGAGUGGAGACGGGUGUAUGAGCCCUUUAGACCCUGGGACGUGGAGCACAUAGCUGCUGUGUGCAGAGACCUGGACUGUGGCUCUGCUGUUUAUAGAGAAGAGAGAAACGAUUUUCCGGAGAGUCCAGUGUGGGAGGUCGAUUAUGACUGUGUGAUGAAGUCAGCAGUGAGAGAAUGUGUCGAUGGUUCAUCCUCCUCUUCCUGGGGUCUAGAGGUGAAGUGUUCAGACUCGGUGCGUCUGGUCUCAGGGCCCAGUCUGUGCUCAGGAUCAGUGCAGAUCUGGAACCAGUCCUGGACCUGGGUCUGUGAAGGGGCCUUGGACCAGCAGGGGGCAGAGGUGCUGUGCAGGGAGCUGGGCUGUGGGGCUCCUUCUCUCCUCCAGGGGGCGCUCUCUCUUCUGAAGCAGAAGUUCCACUGUGAGGGCCAUGAGUCUGCUCUGAUGGACUGUCGCCGCUCCGGCUCAGAGACCUGCUCCUCUGGAGCCGCUGUCAACCUCACCUGCUCAGAGCCGCUCAGGCUGGUGGGAGGGGCCAGUCGCUGUGCUGGGACUGUGGAGGUGAGACACAAAGGAGAGUGGAGACGGGCGGAGUCCUCUAGAUUCUGGGACCUGGAGAACACAGCUGCUGUGUGCAGAGACCUGGACUGUGGCUCUGCUGUUUAUGGAGAAGAGAGAGAUGGUUUUCCACAGAGUCCAGUGUGGAUGGUCCCAUAUGACUGUGUGAAGGAGUCUGCAGUGAGAGACUGUGUCAUUGCCUCACCCUCCUCUCCCUGGGGUCUGGAGGUGAAGUGUUCAGACUCGGUACGUCUGGUCUCGGGACCCAGUCUGUGCUCAGGAUCAGUGCAGAUCUGGAACCAGUCCUGGACCUGGGUCUGUGAAGGGGCCUUGGACCAGCAGGGGACAGAGGUGCUGUGCAGGGAGCUGGGCUGUGGGGCUCCUUCUCUCCUCCAGGGGGCGCUCUCUCCUCUGAAGCAGAAGUUCCACUGUGAGGGCCAUGAGUCUGCUCUGAUGGACUGUCCCCGCUCCGGCUCAGAGACCUGCUCCUCUGGAGCCGCUGUCAACCUCACCUGCUCAGAGCCGCUCAGGCUGGUGGGAGGGGCCAGUCGCUGUGCUGGGACUGUGGAGGUGAGACACAGAGGAGAGUGGAGACGGGUGGAGCCCUCUGAACUCUGGGUCCUGGAGCACACAGCUGCUGUGUGCAGAGACCUGGACUGUGGCUCUGCUGUUUAUGGAGAAAAGAGAGAGGAUUUUCCACAGAGUCCAAUGUGGUGGGUCUCACCUCACUGUGUGAAGAAGUCUGCAGUGAGAGAAUGUGUCUUUGGUUCAUUCUCUCCCUCUUCCUUGGGUCUGGAGGUGAAGUGUUCAGGUCCUCCCUCUCCUCCUCCUCUCCCUCCAUGUGGAUGCUGUGGCUAGUGCGCCCUCUGCUGGUGUCCAGUCCGUACGCCGUGUGCACUGUGCUGCUGGUGCUGAUCUGCAGGGAGCAGCGUCGCACAGGUCCUCCAAGCGCUGGGACAACAGCCUUUUGGUGCAGUUUUUGGAUCUCCACUGAGGGAGGAGCCUGUGUUCUGCUCACAUCAUCUACAUUUAUCAGGGAAUAGAAACACAUUUGUCACCAUGGGGAUUCUUGCACAUUUUUUGACAACUUUUCUCUGACACUUUUGAGGCACAAACAGAGAACAGCUCCCCCAGAGUGUGACGUAUCCUCUACUAUCAGCCAAUAGCACAUCUGCAAAUAUUCUCGUGCUGACUCAAGCCCCGCCCACCUGUUCUUCAGCUUUUGCCGUGCUCCAAACCAUGAGUGAAGGAAGUGCACAUGUCGUUUCCAUGGAGACGGGCCAGCAGGAGGAGGAGUAUGAUGACGUCGCCGCUGAGGUCACCACCGAGCACAGCUUCUGAGCCAAUCACAGCUCUGCUUUCAUCUUUCAAAUGAGUCUGACAUUUUAAUUAAAGACUUAAGAAAUAUGUGAAUAAAAUAUAAUUUUAAUAUUCACUUUAUUUGUAAUGUUUUAAAUAUCCUGCACCUGCUUGUUUCCACAUAUUUUAAUAAAAUGUGACUUAAAAGCC